AUGGGUCUUGCAUACAACGUCUACCUGAACUCGUCCAAAAUCUUUGGUUGUAAGAACUGUAAAACCCAUCUGGCCGAUUUUGACGACAUCAUAUCCCGGAACUUCCGAGGUCAACAUGGCAAAGCGUUCCUGUUCGCCAACGUCGUCAAUGUCAAGCAAGCCGAAGCGAUGGAGCGGAACAUGACCACGGGAAAACAUGUUGUGAGGGAUAUCAAGUGCAGACAGUGCGAUGAGACCGUGGGCUGGAAGUACGACAAGGCAUACGAGGCCAGUGAGAAGUACAAGGAGGGCAAAUUCAUCUUGGAGUGGGAACUGCUGUGUACAGUGACAUAA